AUGGCGAAAAGAGUUGCAGGAAGUAAAAGAUACGUGCAUCCGCUGCCAAUAGAGCCCGUGGUUCUGCCACCGCUCAUCGCGCACAACCCCCUUUCGUGGGUGUAUUGGGUGCUUGCAUAUGUCACUUCCUCGAACCAGCUGCCACGCAAGAUACCGCUGGAGGUAGGUGCGGAUGGGCGGUACACGGUGACUGGCCGCGAGCAGAUGCAGUACCUCUGGGAACACGGCUUCUUCGGGACGGGCCAGCUUUCCCGCAGCGAGCCCACGUGGCAGGCGCGGACGGUGGAUCGCCUGCAGCUGGACACAGAGGGCAUCGCCGGACACAAACUGGAGCAGGUCACGCAGCUGAGACGAAAGCAGCGCCUGGAGUUCAAGCGGGAACGUGCAUCUUUCGAGCGGAAGCGGCUGGAGCUGCGCCGGCAGGGCGUGCUUGAAAGCGAGAUCCUCGAGCAGGAGCGCCUGUGGCUCAAGCAAUUGCGGGACCGCGAACUGCAGUGGGAGGCCAGCACCGGCGAUCCCUCGCCGGUGCGCGCGGAGGACGCCGAGAUCAUCGCCGAGGACGGUGCCAGCGUGCUGCCGAUCGAGAAGCUGGAGCUCAUGCCUGUCGAGGCGCUCUUCCUUACCCUCGCGCUGCCCGUGCUGCACGCAGAUGCGCCCGCGAUACUGGCUCGGACGCUGGGCCCGCAACCCGCUCUGCCCCAGAUCGAGCGCCUCUGCCGCCUGUACGCCGCAUACCAUCACUACCGGUCCCAUGGGUGGUGCGUCCGCUCAGGCAUCAAGUUCGGCUGUGACUUUCUGCUGUACCGCCGCGGCCCUCCGUUCCACCACGCAGAGUUCAGCGUCAUGGUGCUGGCGCCUGAUGAACGCCAUGACUACACGUGGUACUCUACCGUCGCCCGCGUCGUCGGCGGCGCCCAGAAGACGCUUGUGCUCGCCUACGUCGCCCGCCGCGCCGCCGCCGACCAGCUGGCCGCCCUGUGGCACGCGCGCCGCUACAUGGAGGCGUUCGCGCUCUUCGAGGUCCAUGAGCUGGUGUACCGCCGCUGGCUUCCGGGCAAGAACAGGGAGUGA